AUGGUUCAAAGAACCGCAGAUGUGAGCCAGACCGCCCAGAUUAUCAUAUGGUUUCUGUUUGUCGUAGCGGUCUUCAGCGUCGGCGCCGGCGUGGGAACGAAAUAUGCGCUACUCCGGAGGUUCGGUUGGGAUGACAGGCUAAUGCUCUUGGCUCUGGUCAUGUCCCUUGCGCAAUGCAUCGCGAUCUCUCUAGCGGCGUCCCAAGGUAUCGGGAAGGAUAUGAGUACUUUGACCGACGAUGCGAUAAGCGGCUUUCUGAAGGCCGGAUAUGCUAGCGUCCCCUUUCAGAUUCUGACUUUCGCGGUUGUUAAAUGGUCGAUUACCAUUUUCAUCGAAUAUUUAACCCCAGAUGACCUUCACCUGUAUAUGGUCUUGGGCAUUCGAGUGACGAUCAGCUUAUGGACAAUCUCUGGAAUAUUGAGCGGCCUUUUCCAAUGCGCUUUGCCCACUCCAUGGAAUUUUCUCAAUGGUGCUCGCUGUAUAGAUCGGCGAGCUUGGUGGACUUACAUAGGAGCACUCAACAUCGCAACUGAAGUGGCAAUCAUUGUUCUGUACCUCCUUAUUCUAUGGGACCUCCACAUAUCCCAUUCGAGGAAGGUCUUUGUGCUCUCUAUCUUCUUAUCCAGAGUCCUCGUCAUCGCGGCUGUAAUUGCGCAGCUUGUCAUAUUUCACGAUUCGUAUUCAGACCCUGAUGUGACCGAGAGCUCGUGGCUCCCUAUCAUUUUGGAUCAAGUGGUCAUCUGUGUGAGUAUACUAACGGCUUGUUUGCCCUUCAUGAAGCCAUUCAUGGAAAGCCUGCAGUCGGGUAUCGUUCGUGUGGAAACGGUGGUGGGCUCUCAGGAGGAACUAUCUCAUAACAGGGCUGGGUCAAGCGCAUACUAUUUGACAGACUUCAGCAAUUCGGCUGCAUGUUCUCACCCUUCGAAUGGGUCUACUAAUAGGUCUACCAAUAGGUCGAUACCAUGA